AUGAAUCCGUACAUGGAGGAAGUGGAACAGGGGCACGAGGUCACGAGCAGCGAUGACAGAGAGACCGGACGAGUUGAGCUGAGCCGAGGCGAGGCAUCCGAGUCGGUGGAGACAGACACAGACAGACAGAGAAAGGGAGAGAGAUAGAGAGAUAGAGAGAAACAGAGAGUUUUUUUAUCCGACACGAGCGACUCAAACCCGCCCUGGGAUGUCGGCAACACGGCGAUCAUGGCGACAAUAGCAUUCGAAACUGCAGCCUCCAGAGUCUCGGCCUCGCUCAUGUUAAAGUCCGGUUUUAGCCGGUGUAAGUCCCCAUUCGCAGUCCUUCUCUCUUCUUCCUCUGCGGGACUGACGUCGUCCGCCCCGAGCUCUCUUUCUGCUGCUCCUGCUGCUGCUUCGUCUGUCAGUGGCCUGCGAUCUGUUGCUACCGGCAGAUCUUCCCCCUGUCUUCGUCCUCGACACUGUUCUUGGGGAUUGAAGGUCUCGGACCCUUCUUCUUCUUCCAGCGAGGGAGGAGGAGGAGGACGACGCAGGGGCCUGAUGUCGGCUGCGGCGAUGAGUAUGGAGGUGGAGCAGAUGGAUCCCGUGCAGCAGCGGUUGAUGUUCGACGAUGAGUGUAUUCUUGUGGACGAGCAAGAUAAUGUCGUCGGGCAUGACUCCAAAUAUAACUGUCACCUGAUGGAGAAGAUCGAGAAGGACAAUUUGCUGCACCGCGCCUUCAGCGUUUUCCUUUUCAACUCCAAGAACGAGCUACUUUUGCAGAAACGGUCUGCUACCAAGGUGACUUUCCCUCAGGUUUGGACCAACACUUGCUGCAGUCAUCCCCUUUAUCGGGACAGUGAAUUGAUCAAAGAAAACAACUUGGGUGUAAGAAAUGCCGCACAGAGGAAGCUUUUCGAUGAGCUGGGUAUUGAAGCAAAAGAUGCUCCAGUCGAUGAUUUCACUUGUCUUGGGCGAAUUUUGUACAAAGCCGCCUCAGAUGGCAAAUGGGGAGAACAUGAAUUGGACUAUCUCCUCUUCAUGAAGAGAGACGUGGCAGUGAAGCCGAAUCCAGACGAAGUUAGCGACGUACAGUACGUCACUAAAGAGCAGCUUCAGGAAUUGGUAAAGAAAGCAAAGGCAGGCGAAGGCGGAGUGAAGCUUUCUCCAUGGUUCCAGCUUGUAGUAGAAAACUUUCUGUACGACUGGUGGAAGAAGUUAGAAGAAGGUACUCUGGUGGAGUCUGCCGACAUGAAAACAAUCCACAGGCUUUAGAUUUAUUCAUCACAUACUCGGGAAGAGGUCUCGUGCAACAGACUAGCCUCGUAGAAAAGUGUUAGAGCCGGAUUCUUCAGCCCUUCCCCUAAAUAACAUUCGUCCUGAUUCGUUCUCAUUGCUAGAGCCAAUGUUCAUCUAGAAAGAUUGAAAUGAUGUACACUGAACGCAAUGAAAGGCACGAUGUUCGAAUCACUGUUCUUCAGUUGAAUGCCUUUGCCCGCAGUGAACUAUCGUCAUUCUGAUUUCAGGAACCUCAUUCAAGAGCGUCCAGUCAGUCAAGCCUGACCUUAAGAAAAUCAACUAAGAGUGUUAUGAUCUAGAAAGUUGUGUCCAUUCACAUCACCUUCU